UGAGUCACUCUCAAUUGGAACUGCGUGCUAAACGGUACUCCCACCGUUCGAUCGCCAUCAACAACAGUUAAAAGAAAUCACAGCGGAUAUAAAGAAAGUGGGCGAAAAAAAAAAAACCAAAGAGGAGUCAAAAUGAUAAACUUAUUAACCUGGCUGGCUUUAAUCACUUUGGGUGCUAAUGGAAAUUGUGUACCGACGGUAACGACACCGCAAGGCGUAUUUCAGACCAAUUUGGUGCCUCUGCCAACAACACCUGGGCCAGGGUUAGCAGCGGCUGGGGACAGCUCCUCCUCCCCAACGGCACUCGGUGUCAUCGAUACUUUUGUGCCAUUUCGUAGUGAUUCCCAUGAUCAAUUUUCUUGGCGUCUAUUAACAACUAUUUUGCAGAAUGAGACAUCGGCACAAAAUGUGAUUAUAUCACCAUUCUCUAUUAAACUAGUGUUGGCCCUGCUCUCGGAGGCAGCUGGAGCAAAUACCCAGACACAACGUGAACUAAUUGAUACUCAAACGGAUAUCAGAUCACAGAAUAAUGUCAGAGAAUUCUAUCGCAAGACACUAAACUCGUUCAAGAAGGAAAAUCAAGUGCAUAAUACAUUGAAUGUGCGUACAAAACUCUUUACGGACAAUUUCAUCGAAACGCAGCAGAAAUUUACGGCCACUUUGAAGCAUUUCUAUGACAGUGAAGUGGAGGCUUUAGAUUUCAAUGGGGCACCCGAGACAGCAGCAUCCGCCAUCAAUGAUUGGGCCAGUAAUAUCACUCAGGGAAGAUUACGCAAAUUGGUCACGGCGGAAAAUGUGAGAAAUAGUGUUAUGCUCCUCACAAAUCUCAUCUACUUUAAUGGUGAAUGGCGUCGCCAGUUUGUCAAUACCUAUCAGGGAGUCUUCUUCCGUCAGGCGGAGGAACAAACUCGUGCCGAUUUCAUGGAGCAGACGGAUUACUUUUACUAUCACAACUCGGCCAAACUAAAGGCACAAAUUCUACGUCUUCCCUAUAAGGGAAAGAAUUCUCUAUUUGUUCUAUUGCCCCAUGAAAUCGAUGGCAUCUUCGACUUGAUCCAUAAUUUGGAGAACGAUGAACUCAAGAGUGCUCAAUGGGCCAUGGAAGAGGUUAAGGUUAAAGUAAUUUUACCAAAAUUCCGUUUCGAUUAUCAGCGUGACAUGAAGGAAACAUUACAAGGUCUUGGCAUACGUGAGAUUUUUGAGGAUUCCGCAUCUCUGCCAGGAUUAACACGAGGCGCCGAUGUCGCUGGCAAGGUGAAGGUAUCGAAUAUAUUACAAAAAGCCGGCAUCGAUGUCAAUGAGAAGGGCACUGAAGCAUAUGCGGCAACUGUCGUGGAAAUUGAAAAUAAAUUCGGAGGUUCCAUAGUCAUUGAAGAGUUUAACGUAAAUCGUCCAUUUGUGUUCUUUAUCGAGGAGGAGUCGACUGGUAACAUUCUAUUUGCUGGCAAAGUUCAUGAUCCACAUAGCGCCUAAAAUCUAAGCUAGAUUAUAAGUACUCCUCAUCACCGCCCAGCCCCAUCCCGCCUGCUCCUCUCCAUCAAUCAGACAAAAGCUCAUGCUGCUUGAUGUUUAUUUUAAUUCAAAAUCAAAAAAACAAAUACAAACAAAUAAAAAAAAAACGUAUUUUAAAUAAAAAAAAUAACUUUGAGACGGA